AUGGAGGGCAGUGGAGAGAGCUUCGGUGUGCCAACCCCAUCUGAUGCCCUGGCACUGCCACCCGCCGAAGGGCCCUCCAGCGCCCCCUAUGGCUACGAGGCGGAAGUGCGGAACGUCUCGGCGUUUGCGGACGUGGCUCUGCUCCAGGUGUUCAAGCCGCUGAUUAUCCCGUGCUACGCCCUGGUGGUGCUGGUGGGGUUGUUCGGCAACUACCUGCUGCUCUACGUCAUCUGCCGCACGCGCAAGAUGCACAACGUCACCAACUUCUUCAUCGGCAACCUGGCCUUCUCCGACAUGCUCAUGUGCGUCACGUGCGUCCCGUUCACGCUGGCGUACGCCUUCAACCCGCGCGGCUGGGUCUUCGGCCGCUACAUGUGCUACCUGGUGUUCCUCAUCCAGCCCGUCACCGUCUACGUCUCCGUGUUCACGCUCACCGCCAUAGCAGUGGACAGGUACUACGCCACGGUCCACCCCCUGAAGAGGCGCAUCUCGGUGGCGGCGUGCGCCUACGUGCUGUCGGGCAUCUGGCUGCUGUCCUGCGGCCUGGUGGCCCCCGCCGUGGCCCACACCUACCACGUGGAGUUCCGCCACGCGGGCCUGACCAUCUGCGAGGAGUUCUGGCUUGGCCAGGAGACGGCGCGCCUGGCCUACGCCUACGCCACGCUGCUGCUCACCUACGUGCUGCCGCUCUCGGCCGUCUGCGUCUCGUACCUGUGCAUCUCCGUCAAGCUGCGCAACUGCGUGGCGCCGGGCCACCGCACGCGCGACCAGGCCGAGGCGCAGCGCGCCCGCAAGCGCAAGACCUUCCGCCUGGUGGCGCUGCUGGUGGCGGCGUUCGGCGCCUGCUGGCUGCCCAUCCACGUGUUCAACGUGCUGCGCGACGUCGACAUCCGGCUGAUCGACAAGCGCCGCUUCCUGCUCAUCCAGCUGCUGUGCCACCUGUGCGCCAUGAGCUCGGCGUGCUGCAACCCGUUCCUCUACGCCUGGCUGCACGACCGCUUCCGCGCCGAGCUGCGCAAGAUGCUCACCUGCCACCGCCGCAUCGGCAUCCGCCCCAACCACUGUGCCACCGCCAGCGUGGUGCUGUGA